AUGGACACGACGCCCAACUCUCCACCCGCACGAUCGACUUCGCCCGAACCAUGGGUGACGCCAUCGCUGGCCAUCGGGGCCAUUCCACCGCUGGAUCGUUCAGUGUCGACGGCUUCAUCUGUCUCGUCAGUAUCUGGCCGCUCAGCGAGCUCGCGCCUCUCGGAUGGCGGCAGGAGGCGCGGGUACAUGAGACCUGAGGGCACAGAGUUCUCCAAGUCGGCGAAGAACAGAGAGAGCGUUAUGAACCUGGGAACUAUCGCGCAUCUACAAUACUACUUUGCGCGAACCGGCCUCUUGGACACGGCUACUGGACGUGUAGCCAAAGGGCGCAAGCCUGGAUCGCGCACAGCGAGCGGCAACGAGCCAACCUCACCUGGACUCGACGCCGACUACGGGCCACUAUCGGCUGGUCUAACAGAGAUUCGGAGCAUCAUUCUUGGGAGAAGGGCUUCGUUGAUCAGCACAUACAAGAACAAUCCCAUCUACGUCCCACCGCCACCCGACAUGACCGUCCUUCGUCGCGAACUGCGCGAGUCGCUCGCCGAGUCUAUGAAGCAUUUGCAGGAGUUGGAGAAGGGCUUCUCAGAUGUUCAGCCGGACGGGAAGACGGCCAAGAACGGUGGCGCUGACGCCUCCGGGUGGCACGAAGUGCAGGGCUUGAACUUGCUGGACGUCACAACACUAGCCAUCAGGGCCGCCAAAAACUAUUACACUGCACACGAAGAGCCGCAACGACUAUACUCGAUCAAGUCCGAACGCACGAUCCGAAAGGAGCUAUAUGACACACUAGAGGUUCUGAAGCGCUUGGCGAUUCGCAACUUUGGCAACGGUGUGCAGCCAUACGAGGUGACCCAACUUAAGCAGUGGGUCAUGGACAUUGGCGCACUUCUCGACACGGAGGAAGAAAAGGAGCGCAUUGAACAGGAGAAGCGAGAAAACUGGUCGUGGCGCGAGGGCGACUGGUCGGGCAAAGAGAGGGAGCGAGAAGUGCUCUUCCUCCGCUCUUUCGACAACAGCCCAGAGCCGCUCCCCGAGUGGACUACGCCUGCCGCCGACGAUGAAGUCCCAACUCCUUUCCUUGCCUCACUGCAGAACGGACUGCGACUAGUCCACCUACACAACACGCUGGUCCGAAGGUCAAAGCGACAUUUCGAGCAAAUCAAGACGUUUCACGAGGACACAGCCAAGCCAUAUCGCUGCGCCGACAACCUGCGCUACUGGGUCAAAGCCGCGGAGCUGCGCUGGGACAUCAAGUUGGACGUCGAUGUCAUGGGCAUAGUCCAAGGCAAGGACGCCGAAGUGUGGAGGAAGUUUGACGCAGCACUGUUGCAAUGGUGCCAAGGCGUGCGCGAAGAAAUCACGCUCGAAUGGCUAAAGGAGAAGAACCAGGCUCGGACGCCUACACUACAGAUUGACCCGAAUUACGAGGCGCUGUGAAGUGGCCACAAAGUUGGCAAAUAUUGAUGGUUUUCGGCACAUUUCCUUCCAUGUCCAUGUUUUCACCUUUCACCUAUCACCUAUCACCUAUCUAAUUUGCACGAAGAUCAUGUCACUCCAGAAUCUCAACUCCCACGAUAGAUUUGCACAGAUUAUUCCCUGGUAGGAAGUAGGGAUUGUUUUACUAUUCCACUCAGAGGGCGCCAGGCGGUGGCUGGCGACUUGAGAUAGAUACCCCUUUGCAUCGGCGGCUUGCAGUCAUGUAGCGUUCAAUACAGUUACAGUCAAGUGGAGAAGUUCAGCAUGGGGCAAGGGUGUGGCACCUAAUAUUAGGCUCGUAUCAUAGCAAGCAGCGGAUGAAUGAAGACGGUUGCAGAGACA